UUUAGUUUCAAUUUAAGUGUGAAAGUAAAUCCAGUCAUGGCUGGAAGUUACAAACUUGUAGCCGUUUUAGGCCUUCUGGCGUUUUGCGUCGGAGUUGCCAGACCAGCCAACAUCCUUGGUGUCUUCACUAGUACCAGUCCAUCUCAUCUUAUAAUUCACAUGUCAUACAUCAGAGCUAUGGUAGAACGUGGUCAUAAUGCAACAGUUAUAACUUCUUUACCCAUCAAGGACAAAAAUCCAAAAAUCCAUCAUAUCCUUAUUCCACAAAGUGAACAAAGGACGAAAGAAAUUGCUGAUGCUAACGAAAGAGCUAAGAAACCACGAAAUAUCCUUCAAAAAAUUAGAGAUGGAUUGAAUUCUGCCUUCUCCAAUGCUCCAAGACAAGCUGAUCCAAUUAAAGAUCAACGAUUCCAAGACUUUAUGCACAAUCCAGAUAAUAAAUUCGACCUCAUCAUUAUGGGAUAUUAUUUUAAUAACUUCCAUCUUGGUUUAGCUGGACAUUUUAAGUGUCCAAUUGUUAUAAGUUUUAUGACUUCGACAAAUUUGUUCCUCGACCGAUAUAUUGGAAAUCCACCAGAAGUUGCUUAUGUACCAGCUUCGCCAUUGGUAGCGGCACCAAAUCCAUUGAAAUUUAGUGGAAGAUUGAGCAAUUUCAUGACGAACUUCAUUUUCAGGAUUUUUGGAUUUUUCUUGAAUUGGCAAGAGGAUAAUUUGUACAAUGAAGUGUUUCCUCCUUCCAAAUAUCCUCCGUUUGAAGAAGUGAAGAAGAAGGUGUCACUGGUAUUGUGUAACUCACAUUUUACUGAUGGAUUUAUUCGUCCAAAUGUUCCGGCUUUGGUUGAUGUUGGUGGAAUUCAGAUCAAACCGAAGUCUAAUCCUUUGCCAGAGCAUCUUCAAAAGAUCUUCAAUGCUUCGUCAGAACAUGGUGUAAUCUAUCUCAGUUUCGGAUCGAAUAUUAAAAGUAAAGACAUGAAUCCUCAACUUUAUCAAAUUAUUUUCAAAGCUUUAGCUGGUCUUAAGCAAACAGUUUUAUGGAAAUGGGAUGCUGUUGAGAAACCAGGAAAUGCUCCAAAUAUCUUCUAUGAGUCAUGGUUACCUCAAGAUGAUUUACUAGCCAAUCCAAAUGUGAAACUUUUUAUUACACAUGCUGGCAAAGGAGGUGUUACUGAAUCACAAUAUCAUGGUGUUCCAAUGGUAGCUAUACCAUUUUAUGCUGAUCAAAUUUCAAAUGGUGCUGCUGUAGAAAGAGACGGAUUUGGUGUGAAGAUUGAUCAGAAUACAAUGACAUCGGAGACAUUAAAAGCUGCAGUUAUGGAAGUUCUGGAGAAUCCGAAAUAUGUUAGAAAAGUUAAACAAUUUUCGUCACUUUAUCGGGAUAGACCAAUGCAUGCCAGAGAUACUGCUGUUUAUUGGUUGGAGUAUGUACUAAGACAUAAGGGAGCUUAUCACAUGCAGAGUCCUUUGGUGCAUUUGAGUGGAUUUCAGUAUUUAAGUUUGGAUGUAAUUGGUUUUCUAUUAUUAGUUGUAUUUUUAGUUUAUAAGUCAAUCACUAUUCCAACUAAGUUUGUGUAUAGAAAGAUUUUCGCAAAGAAGGAGCCUAAAAUUAAGGAAAAUUAA